CCGAGCGGGGCCCGGGCUCCGGGUCCGGACCAUAUAAGGCUGCGACGGGGUCCCUGCAGCGGGGCCAGGCUGGAGUCCCACGCGGGGGGGCUGGGGUCCCCACAGCCUGUGGCGCUGGGGACACAGCGUGUGUGGCUGCACCAGCUGCUCCUGCCCCAGCGGCACAGAGGGGGCAGGGAACACGGGGUCAGUGAUGGGGCAGCAUCCCGGGCCGGGCAGCGCAGGAUGCGCAGCACGGUGUGAUGGGGUGUAAGCACCCUGCUCCUGGCACAGCCCCAUCCCUGCAGGGCUCCCGGGAGCUGCAGCCGUUCCUGCAGCUCGCCAGGCACGGUUGAGAGACUGUGGUGGGGCGAGAUCCGGCCCAUUAACCCAUUAACGGCAUUGGGCCGUGACGGUGCUACCGGUGGGGCUGGUUGGGCCAGCACAGGAGCGCGCUGGGGGAUGCGGGGUGUGGCCAGAGGGGCCGGAGUGUGCUGGGGGAUCCGGGCUGUGCCUGGGGGGUGUCACAGAAGGCCGAGGACAGGGGGUGGUGCUGUGUCUCUGCCGCGGUGAUGCCUGGUGCCUACCCUACACCAGAACAACACCUGGUUGUGUGGAUGCUGUGCGUGGCACACGCCGGGACGAUGCCUGCUGUGGGCUGGGGUGAUGCUGGGUCCCCCGGCGUGUGCCGUGCUCGGGCCAUGGCAGGACAAUGCCUGCUGUGUGCCAGGGUGAUGCCCUGAGCCUUUCCCUUCGGCAGGAAUUGGUGUGCCUACGUGGUGACGCGCAGCGUGAGCUGUGUGGUGGAGGAUGGCGUGGAGAGCUUCAUCAAGCCGGACUACCAGCCGUGCCCCUGGGGGCAGCUCCAGUGCCCCCGCGUCCUGGCGUACCGCAGCUUCCUGCGGCCCCGCUACAAGCUGUCCCAGCGAACGGUGUCGGAGCUGGCCUGGCGCUGCUGCCAGGGAUACUCGGGUCCGGACUGCAGCGAGGGGCCUUCUCCAGCCUCCCCCCAGCCCACCGGCCGCCCCCCGCCCCGCCCCGGCCGCCCCACGCUCUCUGGCUUCGGCAACCCCCUCAGUGGCCUGGGGGGCGAAGGCGGCGGAGACACGGAGAAGGUGCGACGGCUGGAGGAGCAGGUGCGGCGGCUGAGCGAGCAGCUGGAGGAGCUGCGGGCCGGGCAGGAGCCGCCCCGGGCGGCCGUGGAGGGGCAGCCCGGGGGCGAGCAGCCGGCUGACGCGGCCGCCCCCGCCGAGGUGCGGGAGGCGCUGAGCCACCUUCAGCGGCGCCUGGAGGAGCUGGAGACCCGCCUGCGCCGCACCGAGGGCGGCCGGGACGGCCCGGGGGGCCCGGGGGGCCCGGGGACGGCGGAGCUGUUCGAGCUGGAGCAGCGGCUGCAGGAGAUGUGCGCUGCGUGCACGACCGGCACCGAGGGGCUGCGGCGGCAGGCGGCCGAGGACCGGGAGCGGAUGCGGGCGCUGGAGAAGCUGGUGGGCUCGGUGGACCAGCGCAACAGGGAUGCAGUGGAGUCGGUGCAGCGGCACAUCAGCAGCCUGAGCAGCCGCCUGGCCCCCGCCCCUGCGGCUCCCCCGUCCCCGGACCUGCUCCGCCGCCUGGCCGAGCUAGAGCGGCGGCUGGAGGGGCUGCCGGUGCCGGCAGCGGGGCCGGGGCAGGGACCCGUGCUGGCGCGGCGGCUGGCUGAGCUGGAGGGGCGGCUGAACGCUUCUCGCGCCGGCCCGUGGCCCUCCGAGCCCGAGGGGCGGCCGGGUGGGCUGCCGGGGCGCCUGGCCAACCUCAGCCGGGCGGUGGAGGGGCUGGCGGCCAGCGGGGCACAGCGCGGGGCCCGCCUGGACCAGCUCGAGGAGCUGCUGGCCCGCUGCGGCCACCCGUGCCCGGGGCAGGACGGGGUGCUCGGCCCCCACCCCCGGCAGCCGGAGGACACCGACGGUCUCUGGGAGAACGGGCUGGCCGGGACCCUGGGCGGGCUGCUGGGGGCGCGGGGGGAGGCGCUGGCCGAGGAGCUGGAGCAGCUCCGCAACCGGACAGGGCGGCUGGAGGCGGCUCUGGGGGAGCUGAGCGGUGACCCCUGCUCCCGGCCCUGCGCCUCGCCGCCCCCCCGGGAGCCGGAGCAGCCCCCGCCCGGCCCCACGGAGCCAGGGGAGCUGGAGGCACCGCUGGAGGGGUUCGGCGUCUUUGGGGGCACGUCGCCCUCGGAGCUGCGGGUGCUGCGCGAGGAGCUGUCGGCAGCGCUGGUGGCCCUGAGCGGGCUCAACGCCACGGUGGAGGGGCUGCAGGACGCGCUGGAGGAGCAGGACGCCCGGCAGCGCCAGCUCAGCGCCGUCACCGACCGCGUGGUGGCCGAGCUGGACCAGGCAGCGGCGGCGACGGAAGCGCGACAGGCCGAGAGCGAGGAGCGGCUGGAGGCGCUGGCCAGGGAGCUGUCGCGGGCCGGGGGCUGCCCCGCAGGGCUGGAGCCACGCGUGGCCAAGCUGGAGGGGGUCUGCGAGCAGCUGGAGGCGGUGGCCGGGGGGCUGCGGGGCGUCCGCGAGGGGCUGAGCCGGCACGUGGCGGGGCUGUGGGGCGCCGUGCGGGACCUGAACGCCACGGCCCGCGGCCACGCUGCCCUGCUGGACAAGGCGCUGGAGCUGCCGUCCCGGCUCGGCGCCCUCAACGCCAGCCUGGGCCACCUGCGCGGGGAGCUGCACCGCCUGGCACAGCUGGAGCGACAAGGCCCCCCCGGCCCCCCUGGACCUGCUGGCCCCAUGGGCGAGACGGGCCCUCCUGGCCCCACCGGGCCCCCUGGCAAGGAUGGAGAGCAGGGUCCCGUGGGCCCCCCCGGGCUGCCUGGAGAGAGAGGCGAGGUCGGGGAGCCGGGCUCGGUGCCCCGCGUCGCUUUCUCUGCUGCCCUGAGCACCCAGCGCACGGAGCCGGGCACCGUCCCCUUCGACCAGGUGCUGCUCAACGACGGCGGUGCCUACGAUCCCGAGACAGGCACGUUCACGGUGCCGGUGCCCGGGCGGUACCUGGUGAGCGCGGUGCUGACGGGGCACCGGGGCGAGGCGCUGGAGGCCGUCCUGUCCCGCUCCGGCCACGGCAUCGCCCGCCUGGACUCGGCUGGCUUCCAGCCCGAGGGGCUGGAGAAGGGGCCCGUGGCCGCGCAGGGCCCCAGCCCCGGUGCCCUGGGCGUGUUCAGCCUCCUGCUGCCGCUGGCGGCCGGCGAGACCCUGUGCGUGGACCUGGUGUCGGGGCGCCUGGCCCACGCCCCCGACGAGCCCCUCACCGUGUUCAGCGCCGCGCUGCUCUACGACUCGGACGAGCCCUAGAGCCGCCGGGUCCCCCGCGGGGGCACAGCCAGGCCGGGGGGUCCCCACGCCCUGCCGGGACCCCCACCCCCACCCCGUUAUUUAUCAGCACCCCCCAGCCCCCGCUGUCCCACGGUCACACACUCCCGCCCCACGCCGCCCGCCCUGGC